AUGAGACUCUCGAUCCGAGAACAGCUUGCGGCGCUCGUCAUAUUUACCGUCCUCAUCGCCCUCGCCAUUGUGUCCGUUCCCACGUGGUUCUUCGUCCAUAGCUUCGUCACUGGCGUUGCCUCGAGCGGCCUAUCCUUGACCGCCUCUCUCAAGGCUGCAAGGAUUGAUUCCGAGCUUAACCUGCUUCAAACCCUCAGUCAAACUGUGGCUACUCGCAUCUUGCUCCAGCAGGCACUCGUCAACUUCUACAAUGACAAUGCGACCAACUCAUUCAGCGCCGCCCGCGCCGACCUGGAAAGUGCCAUGAGCACGAAUCGCCUUGCCGGUCUCCUCCAGGCUAGGUUAUUCUCCAGAAACAGCACGGGCGCCAAUCCCGGUGGUCUCCUCAAUGUCACUGGCAGCGGCGUGGGUACGCUGACCAACAACAUACAGCUGCCGUAUUCGACUCCCAAUGGGUCCAGAGUGAACCUCAGCGACACAGACUUUGGUUACCCGCCGCACCUCUAUCCCAACAUUACAUAUCAGAGACCGGGCUAUCCUGAUCCAUAUCAGCCGUCCACCCCAGCCUUUGGCGCCUUUGCCUUUCCGGGCGUCUCAAUAGGCGACCAUGGCGGGCUUCUUCUUGGGCCCUUGAUGAUUAACGAGUCCUUUGCCCUCAUGUCCAUCACCGUUCCCGUGCGAUCGCUCAGCGUACACAAUUUCAUUCUUGGCUACAUGACGCUAAUUGUUUCUGCUGGAUCCCUUUUCGAGGUUCAGACAAGUCGUGAGGGCCUGGGAUCAACGGGCAUGCUUCUGCUCCUGGGGCCGUCAAAUCCAUCUAACCAUUUCCUGGCUCCCAUUCUCCUUUCCAACCGCACCUACUCGCCUCUGGUUGAUGCCUUGGCGGCCUCGACUGUGAAGUUUGUUCUUCUUCCUAUCCCCAUUGCCGGACAGACUGACCGCCAUGUCAAGAGAGCCCACAGAAAAGGCGACUUCUCGAGCCUAUUGACGCUUUCUCAGUACCCAGCAGUCUUGCAAGUCUAUACCAAGCGCACUUCGCAGCUGAAUGAUGCCAGAGCACUACUGUCAACGAGGAACGAGGAUGGCGUGGCGGUCGCCGUGGGCGUGGCCCGUCCUCAGUCAGCCCUAGUUGACUGGGCCAUCGUGGUAGAACAAGCUGAUAGCGAAGCCUACGCGCCAAUCGUCACUCUGAGGCAGAUUUUGCUUGGUUGCGUGUUCGGCGCAGCUGUAUCACUUUUGAUUCUCAUCAUCCCGUGCGCGCACGUCAGCGUGGGGCCCAUCAGACGGCUCAAAAUGGCGACGGAAAAAUCCAUGUCCCCGCUCGGAUACGAGGACGAGUCCGAAGGCUAUGAUGAGCAUAGCCGUAGUUCAGCCGGUCCGGGCUCACCUGGCUCGAUGAAAGGCCUCUUUGAUAAUUUUCAUCGCAAGCCCAAGAAACGGAGAAGAGCCAUGACGCAGGCUGAAAAUGACAAUCAUCGUCGGAUAUUCAAGAUCCCUGGGCGAGUUGCAGAGCGAAAACACUUUGUGACCGACGAGCUUACGGAGCUCACGCAAGUGUACAAUGAAAUGACGGAUGAGCUCGUGAAACAGUACACUUCUCUUGAUGAAAAGGUUGCCGAGAGAACUCGUGAACUUGAGAUCAGUAAAAGGGCGGCCGAGGCUGCCAACGAGAGCAAGACAUUAUUCAUUGCCAACAUGUCACAUGAGCUGAAGACACCGUUGAAUGGCAUAAUGGGCAUAUGUGCUGUUUGCAUGGAAGACGACGAUGUUUUGCGCAUCCGGCAAUCUCUAAAGACCCUUUACAGAUCGGGCGAAUUGCUACUCCAUCUUCUCGAAGAUCUUUUAUGCUUCUCCAAGAACCAAAUUAGCCAGCAAAUCAGACUCGAAGACAGGGAUUUCCGCCUAGGUGAUAUCCAAUCCCAGAUAAUGUCCAUCUUUGACAACCAAGCUCGCGAGAGCAGCAUCACAUUAGAAGUUUCAUUCCUCGGUUUUGAAUGCGACGAAAAGCGCUCGAGAUCAGACCAGCAUGGCAUUUCGAAAGGGCUGCCCGCUCUCGGGCCGCCAGGCAUGCGCCGGCUCGAAGACGUGUAUCUAUGGGGAGACGACCAUCGAAUCCUGCAAAUCAUCACUAAUCUGGUCAGCAAUAGCUUGAAAUUCACGUCGGCUGGAGGCAGGGUCAAAGUUUGCAUACGCUGCAUCGGCGAGAUUGAGCGAAGCAACGAUGAGGGCAGGCCGUGCCAGAACGGCUCUACUCGGGUCGGACGAAGCCGGCACAGGGAAAGCACAGGCUCUACGCAGUGCAAGGCUACAACCCAUGCCCCGGCGCUUCAGGACAGCACCACCACAGCGUUAUCGAGCAGCAAGGGCCCCAAGGCAGGCAGGCACGUCCAUGGGCAGGAACGGUUCUUGACGCCGUCUCGGCCUAAUGCCAAGCGGUACCUGUUUGAGUUUGAAGUUCAGGACACUGGGAGUGGCAUCCCUGAGCAUAUGCAGGAGAGAAUCUUCGAGCCGUUUGUGCAGGUCGACUCCAGCUUGAGCAAAAGAUUUGGAGGAAGUGGCCUCGGAUUAAGCAUAUGCUCGCAGCUUGCUAAGCUGAUGGAUGGCUCUAUUAGUGUCAACAGUACGGAGGGUGUGGGCUCGACAUUUUCCCUGCGAAUUCCGCUCAAACACGUCGAACAUGGACAUACCAGCACUGCAUCAAGCCACGCUUCGUCCAGGGCCCAAAGCGUAGGGUCACAGGCGGAUCAGGCACAGGAAGCAAAAAAGAAUGACCUCUCUUCGGCAAGGGAAGACAGCCAACCCAGACUGGUUGGUCUUGGCACUCCUUUUUUCGCCCCGAGCCCUGCGCCGCCGCCGAACAACGGGGGCCAGCAAAGAGCAGCGAUGCGGAAGUCAAGGGCCGACGAAGCAGGUCGAGGCGAAGUGCGCAUUUUGGUUGCAGAUGACAACUCGACCAACAUCGAGGUGCUGAGCAGGAUGCUCAAACUCGAGAAAGUGAACAAUGUCACGAUAGCAAGAGAUGGACACGAGGCUUGCGAAUUAGUCAAGGCCAAUAUGGAGGAGAAGCAGCCAUUUGACCUGAUUUUCAUGGAUGUCCAGAUGCCUCACCUCGAUGGGCUGCAAUCAACUCGGUUGAUUCGCAAGAUGGGCUACGUCGCACCAAUUGUCGCACUUACAGCCUUUUCGGAAGAGAGCAACGUCAAGGAGUGUAUGGAGUCGGGCAUGGACGAGUUCUUGAGCAAGCCGAUCCGCCGGACUGCGUUGAACGAGGUACUCACUAAAUUUGCAACGAUACCGAAAAGAAUGAAAAGAUUGGCCAGAGACGUCGUUGCAGAUGUGAACUCGUAUCUCAGUGGUGGUAAUAUCGCCCUGAAGGACCCGAGUGUCCACUGCAUUACCCACCCCAAGUGCCACGCCAGCUUUAACGACGAUGUGGCCAUGGACAAGUUGAAGAGCGACACUUACGGCGGCAACACGACAACCCUGAAUAUCGUAUACACAGCGCCAAAGAGCAGCAGCGUCACUGGGGCUGAAAUAACUUUGGGCACGUGCAUGCAGCCGAAACCUGCCGAGGGACUAUUUCCCUCGACUCUAGGCAAAUCAGACGGAUGCGUCAUCGAUCAAGCUACUCUGACCGACCGCCAUCGUGGCACUGUAGCUGGCCAAUUGCCGGGGACGUCCGGGGAGAUGCCUGGGGUGGCGAUGGGCAAAAGAGAAGCCCAAUCUCAUGCCCGGGAAUCCGCCUUCAUAACGACCACGCAUGAGAUCGGCCACUUUCUCGGCCUUGGCCAUGUACGACAGCAACAGGGUGGACGAGGGUCCCUGCGCCGUCUUUUACGACGGCAAGCCAGACCCGUCAGAAACGUCAUGGAGCCCUUUAACACCCCUGGCGCAGAAUAUGAAUUCGACCCCGGGCAACACCGAGAUAUGCGCCAAAUAGUCUUGAAGCGCAUACAAGAGCAGGAAAAGCCUAUGACGAGCCAACCGUCCUUUCCAUUCUUCGAAGUUGCUCCUCCGGCCGGCAACCCAGUCGCCCCCGGUGGCCAAGGUUCUCCUGGGGUCAGUAACCAAUUCAACCCUCCGAAUGGCGUUCUUCCAGGCUUUGAAGGAGACAGCUAUCAGGACCAAGGGAGCUCUGCAAACAAUAACCCCGAAGCUUUGGGUCCGGGUCUCCCGAACAUCGCAUCAGAUAACCCCGAGGAGCUCCUGCAUCUUUCUCCUAGUAGUCCUCAGUCCCCAACCCCCAACGAUAGCCCAGUUGAUGUGGUUCAACUCACGCAAGAUAUGGAAAUAGAGCACCCUUUCUAA